GACCAGGUUCAGACUCAAACUCAUCAGAUCUCAGUGUUUGUGGAGUCGGACUGCACUUCCGGGUUUAACUUGAAGGCGAACUGAGGGUCACGUGACUGAAGGUCUGUUCACAUUUAGCUUUAUUUUUAUUAAAUUAACGUCAGAGAAAAAAACAAAAACCAACCAAAAUCACCAAACUGAAGCUGACACUGAUGAUGAGUGCAGAUCCAUCGUCAGUGGAGUCCAGACUGGAGGUCCUGGAGUGUCACUUCACCUGGGAUCUGGACCCAAACAGACCCUACCUCUUCAGCCUCAGAGACAAGCUGAGGGACAUCGGUACCGAGGACGGGAACGUGUGGUCGGGCCACAUUUACAACCUUCAGGGCUACAUCCACCACCAGCUGGACCUGGUCCAAGAGGCCCUGCGGUUCUUCACCAGAGCUGCAGAGACCUUUCGUCAGACCAGAACCAGCGACUCUGAUGAGGGGCCCUGGUUGGUGGUGAACUACGGGAACCUGGCCUGGCUGUACCAUCACCUGGGAGACCGAGCACAAAGUGAGUCUUACCUGUCGAAGGUGGACUCCCUCAAGGCUAAAUAUCCACGUCCGUCGCAGGACCGGCUCCACCCGGAGGUCGGUGCGGAAAAAGCCUGGACCCUGAUGAAGUUCAGUAAAGACAAGAAGCUUCUGGCUGUGGAUUUGUUUGAGGAGGCCGUCACGGUGGAGCCGGACCGGGCGGAGUGGUGCACCAGCCAGGUGUUAGCUUUAGCGAGCGCUCACAAACACAGCGACGCGGCGCUGGACGACGACAUCCUGGACAAAAUGAAGAUGGCCAAAGAACAAGACCCUGAGAACCUGUACCUCGCCGUUCUGUAUCUGAGUCAACGCGCCAAGAAAGAAGAAGACGUGAAGGACGAGGCUCGUGAACUGGCAGCCAAGAUACUGUUGAACCCCGUCGGCAGCUACAGCGGAAUUAAGGCCGUUCUGAGGCUUUACAGACGAUGUGUGUCCGAUGACGAAGCCAUCGAUUUGGCCGAAGAGGCUCUGCGAAAACAUCCCGAUAACCGUUACCUGAAGAGAUGUGCGGCGCUCUGUUAUAAAUGGAAGAUCAUGUCCCACAAGGGUGGCAUCGUAGACCAAAGCACCAUAGACAGAGGAGUCGGUCUGCUCACAGAGGUCAUCCAUCUUUACCCCGAUUCGUCUCUGGUCAAAGAACUGGACCUGGCCGACGUUUACGCAAAAUCAAACCACAGUGUUCCCGAAGCCGACCGGAUCUACAAGAACCUUCUGCAGAAUGUUGGAUCUCUGGAACCUGUAGACAAACAGAUGCUGUACCACCACUAUGCGAAGUAUCUGUUUUUUGACCGAGAACAAAACGGCAAAUCCAUCACGUAUCUGAUGAAGGCAGCAGCGAUCCCACUGGAAUCCUUUUACAGACGAGACAGCAUCAAAAACUUAGAGAAGAUCCGAGGGAGAUGCCGGAACAAACGGUGCAAAGAGAUCGAAGAGUUUCUGGAUCGGCUUCCGGAACUGUAGUUCCAACAUUAACUCCAUCAGUGCAAACCUAGACCUGGUUCUGGCCUGGAACUGGUACCGGUUCAGAUUACUGGUUUAGACUGCCACGUCAUUACACUAUCAAACUGAUUAGAUUAGAUCACAUUACAUUAGAUUACAUCA